CAUAAUCAUGGCGGUCUCCGCUGGAGUUCGGUCGAGCGUGGGGCUGACUUUGAGACUUUCGAGAGUUAUACCAGAUUGUAGCACAUGUCCUUUCAACAGGUUGAAUAGUUAUUUGAAUGGUAUAGCUAGUUCGUCGAAUGUUGAUCGUUUUCGGACGUUGAACCGACACUUGCAGACAUCCAAAGGUCUGUACCAAAGUGAGGCGGGUGCAAGUGCAGAAGACCCCCAAGAAGAUGUGGUGAAUGUGGUGUACAUAGAUAGAUCAGGACAGAGGAUUCCAGUGAAGGCUAAAGUGGGAGACAAUGCAAUGUACCUGGCCCAUAGGCACAACAUUGAACUGGAAGGAGCUUGCGAGGCAUCACUAGCUUGCUCAACGUGCCACGUGUAUGUGAACAGAGACCAUGUCGACAAGCUACCAGAGCCUGACGAAAGAGAGGAUGACAUGCUGGACAUGGCCCCAGCGCUACAGGAGAACUCCAGACUUGGCUGUCAGAUCAUCCUCACCCAGGAGCUGGAGGGCAUAGAGCUUACCCUGCCUAAGGUCACCAGGAACUUCUACGUGGACGGCCAUGUUCCCAAACCACACUGAGGACACUACACUCCACACUAGCACCCUACUUAGUGUGAAGCAAUGUAUUGGGCAUGGAUGCUUAAGUAGUAUGGAUGUUUACACUCCACACUAGCACCCUACUUAGUGUGAAGCAAUGUAUUGGGCAUGGAUGCUUAAGUAGUAUGGAUGUUUACACUCCACACUAGCACCCUACUUAGUGUGAAGCAACGUAUUGGGCAUGCAUUCUAAGUAGUAUGCUAGUAUGGAUGUUGGAACACGGCCCCUCAGGACUGAGUCAUAAGAGAGAGAGAGAGAGUCGCUUGAAGGAUCCCUCCCAAGUCAAGAAUGCUCUUACAUAUCCACAUGACUGUGUGACCGAAGACAAAAGCUAUAUACCAGUCACUGGCUGCAUUUAGACAGCGCCCCUGAUGGGAUUGGUCAAAAGACCAAUUAGUGGAAAAAAUAUCAGAAUCGGGCUGCCUGUGUAAAUGCAGCCUCUGAAAUGUGUUGUAUUUGGCUCACACUGAAAGUAAUGCUGAUUGUGGAAGAAGAGUUAGAUGGUUUUCAGCAUUCAUGUAUAAAUAUGUCAUGUGUAUAGAAGAGUUCUCAGGCCAAGAUUGAGAUGUCUAUCAAACCGUUCAAUGUCACAGACAGCUGUUUGUUUCAUAGUAACCUGAGUCAGCAUUUCAGAAAGGCCUGUUGUCAUUGCUACGCAAAUAAGUUUGUGUCCUUGAAUAGAACAUUCCAUGUUACAACUCAUUUACAAAGGUCAACAUACACACAUCUCAGGUGGAGCUUCCAAAUAGUCUUGUCUCUACAAUAACGGCACUCGCAUACAGCUAAUGAACAGGAUGUUAUGUAUACAUAGCUUUCACCAUUAUAUCUACUUAUGGCCAGUUUCUAGGAAUUUUACUGUUGUGGGUGUGUGGUGACUAGUCAAGACCGUAACAAGCCCAUCCACAACACUGAAAGCCCUUUCCCUACAUCAAGCCUGUCAGGAAUCAUUAACCGUCUCUGAUGUAGCACUUUUGCAGUGUGUUUUGUAAGCAGAGGGCAGCUUGAGAUCGAUUGGAAUGGAAAGGGUUGAAUCUGUUAGAUAACUAAUGAUGCCAAGGAGAUACUUGGGCUGCAUUCACACAGGCAGCCUCAUUUUGAUAUUUUUUUUCCAAUCACAGAUCUUUGCACAUCAAAGCUGAUCUGAUUGGUCAAAAUGCAGCCUAAACCAUUUUAAACUGACAUGCAUUUUGUCCAAUUCCCAAGUCAUUUCUGUUUCUGUCCAUCCAUACCCAGUAAUGAUUUGCCUUGUCAAUUCACCGUUAGUCUCAUAACUGUCCAUCAAAAAACACCUGUAUCCAGUAUUAGUUGGCUCCUUUACGAACCUGGAAUGCUUUCACUUGUACUGUAAUGAAUGUGUCUGUCAUACGCACAAAACGUGUAGGUAGGUGUAUUAUGUAUAUAUGGUAUAUCUCAAAUUUGCAAGUCUAUUUUAGAUUUGUGCAAUAAAAAUACCAAAAGUUUGUACUA